AUGGGCUGCGGCGCCUCCGCGCCCAUGGAGGAGAAGACGAGCCCCCUCGACGUCGACCGCACGCCGUCCGCGCGGCUGCGGGUCGAGCGGUCGCUCUCCGCGUCCGUGCGCGGCGAGACCGCCGUGACGUUACGAGGCUACGAGUUCUCCGGAACACUCGGCUACGGCGCCUUCGCGCGCGUGCUCAAGGCGCGCCAUAUAGCAUCAGGUGGAGACCGCGCCGUCAAGGUCAUCGACAAGGCGGUGCUACGGAAGAAGAAGACGAUGAGGAGGAGCGGCUCGGCGAUUGCCGUCUCGUCCGCGCUAGAUAAACUCGAGGCGGAGAUCACUUUGCAAAAAGACUUCGCGCACGGUCAUAUUAUCAGGAUCUUCGAGGUCGUCGAGGACCCGGUCGCGGACCGCACGUUGCUCGCUGUGUGGAAAUCAAAUUUACGGCGCGCUCGUCCUGAAUCGCUGCGUCGACCUCCACGCCAUCGACGCGACGCCUGCUCGAUGGCGUGGCGAUGUCGGUUCCUCACCGCUCGACAGAACCAGCGCGGCCACGCCAUCGCCGUGCACCCGACACACUGGUUGAUUUCCACACAGGUUGCUCGUGAUGGAGCUCGCCGCCAGAGGACCGGUCAUGACGUUUGACGGGAAGCUCUUCUCCUGUGCGGUGUCCGGGGAAGCCGUCGAAGCCGACCGAGCGGCGCGCAUCGUGGCCGAGGUCGCGUCGGCGUUGUCCUACUUGCACAUGCGGCACGUCGCGCACCGCGACCUCAAGCCGGACAACAUCCUGCUGGAUGCAAGGGACGCGGCGAAGCUCUGCGACUUCGGCGUGUCGCACACCUACGGCAAUUCCCUGGGCGGCCGGGACGGCGACAGCGGCGCCUUCGACCGCAACGUCUACGGCGCGGACCGGGCCAAAAGGUUGAAAGAAAUAGGAAGAGCCAAGUCCGCGGCGCAAGUCGCGCAGACCGAGGGCACCUACGCGUACUGGGCGCCGGAGAUGAUGAACGAAGCGGCGACGUUCAACGCCUUCUCGUGCGACUGCUGGGCGCUCGGGGUGUGCUUCUACAACUUUAGGACGCGGCGGUCGCCCUUCGAGAGCGAGACGCUGGAUGGGCUCUUCGAUCGCAUCAGUCGCGCCGACCGGGACCCGGCGCCUGAAUAUUUGUCGCCCACGGAAACGAAGCUGCUGGACGGGUUAUUGGAGAAGGACCCGGAUGCGCGGCUCACGGUGGGAGACUUACUGGAAGACCCCUACCUAUCGGCCUAUGCACUCCACGAGGAGCGCCAGACACAGUUCCGGAACCGGACGCCGAGGGAGAAGCUGUCGAAGCGCGGUUCAUUAAGAGGCGGCUUCGCGGGGAACUCGCCGCUCGCGCGCGGCGACGGCAAGGAGGAGUCGCCGCAACUCGAGAAGGCCCCCUCGGAGACGAUCUCGGAGCUCGCGACGCUGCAGAGCGAGAACGCGACGCCUCCUCCGGCGUAG